GCACUUCUUUGAAUCUGUCUUAGGAAAUGGAUACACAAAGAUGUUCUUCAAAGGGAGAGGAACUCAGAGCUACGUUUCUUCAGUAACUACUCAGGAGCUGGCCUACAUUUCUGUGAGUGACCCCAUAUUUGCUGGUCCUAAGCAGAAAAAUCUCCUGUAGUGUGUCAAAGCAGUGGCAGCUUCUAAAAAACAAACAAACAAACAAACAAAAAACCUCCAAAACAAUUGAAAAUAUUAGAUAAUUGAGAAGAUUCUUGAAGAAAGCACUGCCCAACCUGAUCCUUACACCACUGUGCUAUGAAGCCAUCUCCAUGUUGUCUCAGAAUAAACCCUGAAAACCAUGGAAAUGUUGGCUCUUCAGAUCCUUUUGCUUUGCCAUGUUGUGGUUGGGACUGUGGGCAACAUCCUUCUGUUUGUCCAUAACUUCUCUCCAAUCUUGACUGACUCCAGACUGAAGCCAAUACAGGUCAUUCUAAUCAACUUGGCUGUGGCCAAUGCAUUCAUGCUCCUUCUGUUUGCAUAUUCAUAUGACCUUACUGAUAUUGUUCCCAGGAAGCCUCCAACUGACCUCAAAUGUAAACUUGCAUACUUCUUUCACAUGGUGGCACGAGGCACAAUCAUGUGCUCUACCUGUAUCCUCAGUACAUACCAGUUUGUCACUCUUGUCCCUGGUACCUGGGCUAGGGUCAUGUUCAGAGAAAUAUCCCCCAAGGUUGUGAGCUAUUGUUGUUGCAUCUGCUGGUUGUUCAGUGUCUUAAAUAAUGCUUACAUCCCAAUGAAUGUCAGUGGUCCACAGAAAUCACACAAUGACUCUGAUUCUAAAGGCAAUUCAAUAUGCUCCAUCUCUGGGGUCAGUGUAGACAUGAAUAUCUUGCGGUUUUCCCAUGACAUCAUAUUCCUAAGCAUCAUGGCCUGGACCAGUGUCUCCAUGGUGAUUCACCUACACAGACACCACCAGAGAAUGAACCACAUACAUAAGGCCAAUCAAAACAACAGAGGCCAUGCUGAGACCAGAGCAGCCCACACCAUCCUGAUGCUGGUGGUCACAUUUGUGAGCUUAUAUAUUCUAAAUUGUAUUACUAUUUUAUUUCACAUUUCCUUUGUGGAAUCUCGUCUCUGGUUGAGGUAUGCCACAAAACUCCUGGCUCUAAGCUUCCCCACCAUUUCUCCCUUUCUUUUGAUAUUUAGGGAUCGUAAGGGUCAUUGUUCUCUGCACAUCAUUGUCAGUAUGGGAAUCCACGUGACGGGGGGAGCCAUUACAGAGGGACAGUAAGGUCAAAACACGGCCAAACCCUGAAAAAAUCUCAUCCUGAUAUCACCGGAAGGACUGAUCCUGCCUUGCUCUAGGACUGCAUCUACCCAAUACACACAGAGCCAGUCCAUCCCCCAGCUCUGCCACCCUGUGGUAGUCAUGUAACCUAGUGGCCAUGAUGCAGGGUAAACUUCCUAUCUCCUUAUGAGAAGAUGUCCAGCUAGCACCAGGAAUGCCUAAUCAUGAAAAUGAAGCAGUCCCAAGUGUUGUAUAGACCAUGCCACCCCUAAUAAAGAUGUCUGCUUCACUGAAAACCAUCUUGAGAGAAGGCUGUUUCUCCUGGACUCAACACUGCCUGAGAUUCUGAUAACAUGCCUGCAUAAAUAUGCCUGUUUAUUGGUUUUUUAAAGGACAGUUACUUGAAAAUUGGACAUAGUACUACCAGAGGAUCCCACAAUACCUCUCCUGGGCAUAUAUCCAGAAGAUGUUCCAACUGGUAAGAAGGACACAUACUCCACUAUGUUCAUAGCAUCUUUAAUUAUAAUAGCCAAAAGCUGGAAAGAACCCAGAUGUUCCUCAACAGAGGAAUGGAUACAGAAAAUGUGAUACAUUUACACAAUGGAGUACUACCCAGCUAUAAAAAAAAUGAAUUUAUGAAAUUCCUAGGCAAAUGGAUGGACCUGGAGGGCAUCAUCCUGAGUGAGGUAACCCAAUCACAAAGGAAUUCACACAAUAUGUACUCACUGAUAAGUGGAUAUUAGCCCAGAAACUUAGGAUACCCAAGAUAUAAGAUACAAUUUGCUAAACGCAUGAAACUCAAGAAGAACGAAGACCAAAGUGUGGACACUUUGCCCCUUCUUAGAAUUUGGAACAAAACACCCAUGUAAAGAGUUACAGAGACAAAGUUUGGAGCUGAGAUGACAGGAUGGAGCAUCUAGAGACUGUCAUACCCGGGGAUCCAUCCCAUUAUUAGCUCCAAACGCUGAAACCAUUGCAUACACUAGCAAGAUUUUGCUGAAAGGACCCAGAUAUAGCUGUCUCUUGUGAGACUAUGCUGGGGCCUAGCAAACACAUAAGUGGAUGCUCACAGUCAGCUAUUGGAUGGAUCACGGGGCCCCCAAUGGAGGAGCUAGAGAAAGUACCCAAGGAGCUAAAGGGGUCUGCAAUCCUAUAGGUGGAACAACAGUAUGAACUAACCACUACCCUCCCCGCCCCACAGAGCUCAUGUUUAUAGCUGCAUAUGUAUCAGAAGAUGGCCUGGUCGGCCAUGAUUGGAAAGAGAGGCCCAUCGGUCAUGCAAACUUUAUAUGCCUCAGUACAGGGGAACGCCAGGGCCAAGAAGUGGGAGUGGGGGGGGUGUGGAGGAGAGGGUAUGGGAGGACUUUUGAGAUAGCAUUGGAAAUAUAAAUGAAGAAAAUACCUAAUUAAAAA